UUUCAGAAUAAAAAAGGCUAAAGAUUUAUACAACUAAAUAUUUUGAAUUAGUAUUAAAUAUAACAGUAACUAAAAAUGAUAACAAGAAAAAACAAGCUUUUUAGCUCAUUACAGACUGAAGCUUACUGAUCCCCUUUUUAAUACCUGGACAUAACAAGGUAUCUAUCCGAUGAUUAAGAAUUACGAAAACGAAGGGUAACAUCCGGCUUAUCUUAGCAGAACAGCUACGGAAAAAGAACCCACUCAUUUUCACUCUUACCCAAAAGGAACACUCUUCAUUUGGCAAUGCUGUGAACAAACAAAUGCGGGUAGUGUUGGUGGCGCUACUCACCCCUUUGUGUUUUGAAUCUGCGAUUGUUAUCGCGCUUAUAUUGCCGACACAACUUAAACCGUAAUAAGGUUAUGCGAUGCGGAAAGAAUAUCGACAGAAUUUGUUAUUUUUAUACGAGAACUCUUUUGAAUACUUAAAACAUAAAUAAUUGGAAAUAUUAAAGAACUAUUAAACCACAAUUGAACGAUCUUUCAUGUAUUUGAUCAAGACAUAAACAUUUUAACCCCGCUCGAGUCAUAUAGAUGACGUUGGUAGUUUCUUCCUUAAAAUGCAUAUAUUGGCAGGUUCUCCUCCUUUUGAUCAUUUCUGACUGCACUAUUUUGAACGAUUGGUGUUUAUGGAACAAAUGAUACAUAAAAAAAAUCGUCAUAUGAGACGAAUCGACUAAACGUCUUCUUAUUUUAUGUUCCUUACGGCCUCAGUUAUGAGAAGUGUACGAUUGUUUGUUCGCCAAAAAUGAUUGAUUUGCUUAUCACCCGAGUGUACAUUCACAAGAUGGAAUUUUUCUUAUAGUUACUAUUUGUUUUUCUUUUCAGUAGGAAGGUUAAACGAUGCUUCCAUAUUAAUCGGUUGUAGGAUGGGUGCGUAGCAAAUGUAGUCUGCAAUGAUAUUAUUUGCGAGUUUCAUAUCGUCACGGGAAAAUACUCCGUAUAGUAUGAGUGGAAUACAAUUGUAAUUGCUUUAAAUGUCAAUAACUAAUCCUUGCUGAUUGUUUAAUCUUUCCUGUUUUCUCAGUUUGUUUGUUUAUUAACGUUGAUGUACAGUGAUGUACUCCAUAGCAUAAUUUUUGCCAAAUGGUUUAUAAUAAUAUUAGGGAUUGUUCUGACACAUAUAUGGUUGACCGUUACCGUUAUGGCUUUGAGAUUUUCUAAAGCUUUUUCUUUUCGUUAUAUACUUAUACUUAUUUUCUCUUUUUCGUUUCCUUUCUUUUCUUUAACUUUUCUUUUUUUUUAAUAAAAGCUUGAUGAAAUUUGGAAAUAACGCACUGUUUAUCAGCUGCUGCAUUCUUUUACUAACAAGCAUUCAUGAAAUGAAUGUUUCUAAUUUGAUUUGAUACAAAAAAAAAACGGAAUGAUUGAGAGAAACUAACGAGUUUAUGUAUCGAAAAAAAGGGACCCCUUUUCUUUUUCUGUCUAAAACCACAAUAGCCUCAUCUAUUCGUGACGAUAUGUGUUGAAUCUUUCAAAGACAGAAAAGAUAAUUUGAAUGAACAAAAUUUUCUGAUGAUCCAUUGCUUGUAAAUUCUUUUCCAAAGCUCGAACGACAGGGAGAAAAGUUUGAAAGUGUCUGAGGGUAAUGCCAACAGUGGAUGAGCCCAACCAAUUCCAGAAAAGCCAAUCCUCUAAGGAAAUGUUACAAAUACAUCGGUAAGACAGUAACUUCGAUAUGCACCAAUGUAUACUUGGGUCCAUGCAUCACCUUCAUCAGUGAAGAUUUGGUAGAAUCCGCGAAAUAUAUUCUUGCUCUAUUUUUGUUCUAUAUCGCAUCGCUUGGACAGUUUUACCUGGUUGAACGCCAGGAAUAGAAGUAGUGAAACAAGCAUCGGCCAAAUUACCAGCACCGUCCCUCACUUGAUAAAAAACGUUAAUAAGCCAAUUCAAGAUCUUCUUCGUUUCUAUUUUUCCAACUGUGUAUGUUGGCAGUCCGUCAUAGUUUUCAAGAGUUCUACCUGGAAAUGAGUAAGCACAACCAGGAUGCAUUACUGAAUGACCUUGAAAGCAUCAAGGCAUGAUAAAAGAUUUUUUCAACACGAAGGAUCUUGUAAACUGAAUGGAAUAUAUAAGAAUCAAAGGUAUUGUCAACGUUAUAUACUCUAUAGUAUAUGCUUGCGACAGCAUCCGCGGAGAAAGCUCCGCGGAACUAUUAUCAUGGUAUCAAAAAAUUCAAUGUAUAAAAGAUGAUGAUUCAUGCUCUCAUUACAAGGUUCUUCUUCUUAAGUUUGUGAAACUAGAUACCAGCUAAUUGUUCCCUAUUAUUUGUAGGAUCAUUUGCAAAUAUUUAUUGUCUCUAAAGACGAAAGGUAAAAACAAGGGUUGGCGUAUAUGAAACAAGUCAAAUUUACAUAUUUUGCAUUACAAAUCAUAUCUCUUCAAUUCUUAUGUUAAAGGAAGUCUCAUCCUUUCAUUCGGACGAACCUAUUUACAAUGCACGCGCUCUCUCGAAUUUGCAAAGUUGGGAUCCAUACAAACCAAAAGAAUGGCCGUUGAAAAUCAAGGUUAGGAAUGUAAUUGUUAUUUCUACAAUGACUUUUCUUAAUCAAUAUGGAUCAAGCGUUUUUGCACCCAGUAUCCCAAGAAUUGCGGAGCAGUUUCAGUCUUCGAAGACUGUUGUUACUCUUGGUGCAACCCUUUAUAGUUUUGGAAUCUUGUUUGGGACAUUAGUUUGCGCACCACUUAGCGAACAGUUUGGCAGAAGGCCGGUCUAUUUAGUAGGGUAUUCCAUUUUCGCAUUAUUACAAAUUCCUAUAGCGUUGUCGGUUAACUUGGAGAUGUUUUUGAUUUUUCGAUUUUUUUCUGGGGUUUUUGGCUCGGUUGGCAUUUCCAAUGGAUCGGGCACUCUUGCGGACCUUUUUGAAAAAAAAGAUCGAGGAAAAUAUAUGAUCGUUUACUUUACUCUCCUUUCAUUGGGACCCGGCAUCGCGCCAAUUAUAUCCGGAUUUAUUACUCAAAGCUCUAUUGGUUGGCGUUGGGAGUUUUGGAUUUUGUUAAUCCUUUCAGGUGUAUUAGUGUUAUCUGCUUUUCUUUUGUUAAAAGAGACUUACCCACCAAUACUCAAUCGAGAAAAGCUUGAAAAGACUGGUCAUAUUGGAGAAAAUGAACCAGUCGCUAAACGCUUCACUGGUACUGAACUCUUAAAAAGGUGGCUUGUAUUAUUAAGUAUGAAGAAGCCGCUCCAUAUGCUUAUAACGCAACCAAUUCUGAUUUGUGUUGCUUUCACAAUAGGCACCAUUUUUGGGAUACUAAACUUGGUGCUCAUGGCUUUUUCUCAAGCCUGGGAACUAUUAUACAACUUCAGCGUUGGUAUUAGUGGACUCAUGUAUAUUUCCAUAACUCUAGGUCUUUUAAUGGCUGUUUUUAUAGCCUUACCUUUAAAUCAAAAAUUCUACGUCCAUUUACUAAACCAGAAUCAUGGUGAAAGUGAGCCCGAAUUCCGGCUUCCCAUGAGUAUUCUUGGAUGCCUUCUUUUCGAAAUUGGUAUUGUGGUUUUUGGUUGGACUGCAGAGUACAGAGUAUUCUGGUUUGUGCCCUUGAUAGGUUCAACAAUACUUGGUGCUGGAUACAUUAUGACUUCAAAUCCUUUAAACAUGUAUGUCGUGGAUGCUUAUGGAAUUUAUUCCGCUAGCGCAUCAGCAGCAGUGAAAGUCUUACAACUCACCUGUGGUGCCAUAUUUCCUUUGUUUGCACAAUCUUUAUACCUUCGACUUGGAUAUGGAUGGGGCUGUACUCUACUUGCUUUUAUUUUAUUAUUUUGUACUGUAAGUCUUCCACUUUUGUUUUUUUACGGAAAGAGGGUCCGCAAUUUGGAAGCUUUCGACCCAGCUAAAUAUUAAAAGCUAUUUUCCUAACAAUCAGUAUAUAUUUGCCAUGACUAAAUUAAUCUGAUGAUGAAC